UAUUCCUCGAUUAGCUCAGACGUCACGUCAGGCGGGCGAUCUGACACCGAGCUUGAAUUGAAGUUAUUCAACUAAGUCGUGCGCAGAUUUCAAUAAUUUAUACAACCAACUGCAGACUUCUUAUUUGUUUUUAUUGGUUGCAGUUCGCCAUUCAAAUGCGUGAUCUCUAAUAGAGGGGUGAAGCGCAGACCACUUCUUAGCCAGUGGUCCACUUUUGAACUUCGCAACUCUCAAGUCAGAACUUCGGAGUUCACUUACAGAUAUUUUGGUUGAUCACUGACUGCCAUUUGAAAUUUAUGAAUACCUACGGCAUAAUAUUAAUCUACAACUCUCUGUCAUAAUUCAUUUCUUCAGUUUCUGAACAUCACUAGACAUACAACCGAUCAUGUCCACCAACGCGAUUUUCUCGAUCGUUUGCGAUGGGCCCGAUUCUGAAUGGAAGUUAGGGGACUACAUGAAGCAGAUGAUGUUGGCUGGGGAGCUGAAUGAUGUCCACUUCAAAGUGGGACGCCAGUUUGGCCCAACUCAGAACUUCUCCGCGCACAAGCUCGUCAUGGCGGCUCGCAGUUCCGUAUUCCGCACCAUGUUCUACGGAAGCCUGCCUGAAAAAAUUCAUCUUGACAUUCCCGAUAUUCAUCCAGAAGCGUUCGCCAAUCUCCUCAGCUUCGUGUACACGGAUACCGUAGAUAACUUGGACGUGGGCAAUGUUUUUGCGACGCUGUGUGCGGCUGGCAAGUACGAUGUGCCCCGGCUGAUGAAGAUCUGCUCCGACUUCAUCGCCAACCAGCUUGGUGUGAACAACUGCCUGACUAUCCUGGAACAGGCCAUCCAGUGGAAGGCUGACAGUGUCGUGCAGAAAUGCCUGGAUUUGGUGGAUGCGAAGAGUGAGGCGGUGCUGCGAUCUGAUCCGUUCACGACCAUCAUCCCGGCAACACUGCGCAUGAUUUUGCAGCGCAACACACUCACGGCGAGGGAGAAUGCGGUAUAUUUGGCGGUUGAACGAUGGGCAGCGGCGGCCUGUGCGCGUAAUGGUCUGGAUUCGUCCGCCGCCAAUCGGCGUCAGAUGCUGGGUGACGCCUUGUUCCUGGUGCGGUUCCCACUGCUGUCUCCGCAGCAGCUGGCUGAUGGUCCUGGCCAGAGUGGCCUCCUCAGCGGGGCGGAAAUCAGCAGCAUUUUCAUGCAUCAUAACGCCAGCCUCAAGCCGACGGCGGCACUGGUCUUUCCUACUGAGCGGCGCACUGGGUCAUCGAGCGUUGCGGCGCGCGGCCACGUGUCCGGGUUUAAGCGUGAUGAACUGGUAUUUGCGCGAACCGACCGAGGACAAUGGUGGUUGCCAGCCAAGGUUACCGUAUCGGAUGGAAUGCAGCUGGAGUUGGAGUGGUCUCGCAGCGGCAUGCGUCAUAUGGCAACGACAGACCAGGUGGUGCGUGCGGUCGAUAUCCUGCAGCCUGGCCAGGCCUUGCACUUUCUCCGUGCUGACGAAUAUCAGCCUGCGAGCUAUGUAACGGCCGUGGUGGGUGAUCUGCAUACGGUCUCCUGGGAUCGUGGUAGAGUUUCCAUUGAUUUCAGCCGUUUGGGUCUUCUACACCAGCAGGUGACGCAUUGGAAAGCCAAGAAUCGGCAAUGAGGGUGGUGACUAUGGGGCUGCGUGAACUUUAUUGGCCGGUGGAGGUGUUUUUUCUAGUUUAUACUCUUGAUCUUUGUACGUGACUUUGCAUCACACUGGGAAUCGCAACAGUUUGUAAUUUUUUGUGAUUAAUUUUGCCAGUUUUGGCCCGUUUUGGAGUUUUUUGUCUGUUUGCUUUAACUCCGGUGCAAGCGUACGACGGUUUUGUCAUCACCGGUAACGGAUGUAUUUUAUAAGGUGUUCUACAGUACGUACAAGUUUCUCUAUUUAAUCGUAAACUAU